CCACCCACGAUAGAAAUGGUCACAAGUGAGAUGUGCAAUAACCCUUCAAACGUUAUGCCAUGUGAACUGAUGGGGAAGCUGUCAUUGGAGUACACGCGACAAAAGAUAAUGGAGCUAAGAGUAAAGAGUAACUGCCUUGGUUUGGAUACAAGUUCCGAAGCCACUGAAGAUGAAAAAUGUGCACUGCUUGAGGAUCUCCCAGAACAGUCGGUGAAGUUAGCUACGGUAAGGCAGCGAAUCUCUUUAAACUCUUUAGCCGACUGUCAAGUGAUAGUUUACAUCCCAUCUUAA